CUCCUUCUAUACCCUAUCUUUUCCGUCUUCGCUUUUAAGCUGGCUUCUAACCAGCAAAGUCCCAAACAUGUCUGGGCUCGCAUUCACGCCUCUGGGAGUCAGGCGAGCUUUCGCCGAUAUAAAACCAUCGUCAAUUCUAGGGAACCUACAGCAAGAGCUUCUGAAGCAAGCAGUCCCCCAUAAUGCAGCGGAUUUCGCUGCGCUUGUCGUGAUCUCCAUCACGCUUGCGACAUGCCUCACGCGCGGUAUCUUCUGGGAUAGACCUGACCCUUACCAUUACCUAUGGUACGAGCGACCACAACUGAAAGAUGGCAGCGGUGCAGUUGCUGCGGCUCAAAAAGCCACCAGGAAUAUUGCGAAGAAGAUGGAAGAGACCGGCAAGGAUGUGGUUGUCUUCUGGGGCUCGCAGUCUGGUACAGCGGAAGGCUUCGCGUAUCGACUAGCCAGGGAGCUUCAUAUACGGUUUGGCAAGGAGACGAUGGCUGCUGAUCUUUCAGAUUACAAUCCUGAUACUAUCGCGCUGAUUCCUCAGACAAAAUUGGCUAUUUUUAUCCUCUCCACCUACGGUGAGGGAGACCCGAGUGACAAUACUGCUGAGCUCUGGGACUGGUUGGGCCAGGGACGCGAUGUGUCGUUGUCAAAUCUGCAAUAUGUUGCCUUUGGCCUUGGGAAUCGCAAUUACAAGUAUUUCAACCGUGUCGUCGACGUUGUCACAGAGGCCCUGGAUCGAUUCGGCGCCAAGUCCCUCAUGCCAGCUGGAAAAGCAGACGAUGCAGAGGGUACAACAGGAGAAGAUUUCAUGACUUGGAAGGACGACUUGUUUCAUAUGUUGAGGGAGAAGCUUGGAUUCGAGGAAUCUGAGGGCAAAUAUUCACCGAUCCUGUCUAUCGAGGAAGAUUCAUCGUUGGAAUGGAUCGACCUCCACCAUGGUGAGCCAGACAAUCGACGUGGAAGCUCGAAAGCGGCCGGUCAGAGUUCACCAGUUAAGGUCUUGCGCGUGUGUGAGACGAGAGAGCUGUUCAAGAACACACAGAGAAAUUGUCUCCAUAUUGAACUCGACUUAACUGAGACACCUGAGCUCGUCUACAAGACUGGAGACCACCUGGCAAUCUGGCCUAGUAACCCUGACACCGAGGUUGAACGACUCAUUAACGUCCUUGGCCUUUCCAAUCGCCGUUUCAAUCCUAUCAUUAUCAAAUCCACGGACCCAGCCACAAAACUCACUAUCCCAUCUCCUACGACUAUCGACGCUGCCUUGCGAUACUACCUCGAAGUCUGCGCACCUGUCAACCGUGAUACCAUCUUGGGUAUCGCACAAUUCGCUCCCACGCCAGAGGCAAAGGCGCAACUGCUGAAAUUGGGCCAAGACAAGGCCCUCUAUUCCGAAUUUAUCUCAAAAGCAUAUCUCAAUCUUGGCCGCCUUCUCGAGCUAACAUGCCCAUCGGCGACAUGGUCUGUUCUGCCACUUUCCUAUGUCUUCGAGACUCUCCCGUCCAUGCAGCCGCGUUACUACUCGAUCUCUUCCAGCAGUGUGGUCUCACCCCGCAAAGCAUCAAUCACAGUCGUCGUCUCCUCAGACCCGGUCCCCAACAACCCUGAUGAACUCGUCCAUGGUGUCACGUCCAACUAUCUCCUGGCUCUUUCCCGCCACAGAGAAUCGAAGUCGCAUCCAUACGGGCUCACCUAUCAACUCCCUGGUCCAGCUAAUGCCCUACAAGACAACAGAGUAUUCGGUCACCUUCGCCGCAGCAAAUUCAAGCUCCCCGCUACGGGAAAGACUCCGCUCAUCAUGGUCGGUGCAGGCACUGGAGUGGCGCCCUUCCGCGCAUUCCUUGCCGAGCGCUGCCAGCUUCUAUCGAUUGGAAAGCCCGUUAGUGAAAUGAUACUCUUCUUCGGAUGCCGUAACGCAGAAGAGGACUUUAUCUAUCGCGAAGAACUGGAAGAAAUGAAACAAAAGCUUGGUGGUCGACUGUCGAUCGUUACAGCUUUCUCCAGACUACGCGGUGAACCGCGACGGUACGUCCAGGAUCGGAUCGUCGAGUCUGAUCAAGAUGUUGUAAGGCUGCUAGACGAAGGAGCAAACUUCUAUAUCUGCGGUAAGGCCGCCAUGGCUCGAGAAGUUGAGAAGGCUGUCACUCAGACUGUGAAACAAAGAAAGGGGUGGGGUGAAGAGCAGUGCCAGGAAUGGAUUAGAGCUGUGAAGAGGAGGAAUAAAUGGCAAGAUGAUGUUUGGGGGUAG